GAGAAUAUGUCGUCAUUUUCGAAUUUCACCCAAGAGACGCAAAGGACAUGGCCCGCACCAAGCAGACGGCGCGCAAGUCGACCGGCGGCAAGGCGCCACGCAAGCAGCUGGCCACCAAGGCCGCCCGCAAGAGCAUGCCUGCUACUGGCGGUGUGAAGAAGCCCCAUCGUUACCGCCCUGGUACCGUCGCGCUUCGUGAAAUUCGUCGCUACCAAAAGUCGACCGACCUCCUCAUCCGCAAGCUUCCGUUCCAACGCCUCGUGCGUGAAAUCGCGCAAGACUACAAAACUGACUUGCGCUUCCAAACCACGGCCAUCUUGGCCCUCCAAGAAGCCGCCGAAGCCUACUUGGUGAGCCUCUUUGAAGACACCAACUUGUGCGCGAUCCACGCAAAGCGUGUGACGAUUAUGCCUAAGGACAUCCACUUGGCCCGCCGUAUCCGUGGCGAACGAACUUAAUCUACUGUCUUCUACCACGUGUCUCUUCCUUUCCUCGUAGCGGCAUCUAAGUAUUUAACUUUGUUCUUUCCA